AUGGUCGUGCUUCCACCGCCCACGUUUCUGGGCGCCAUGUCGUCAGCCCCGCACUUACUAGAGGUCUUCGCGACUGGCGUGUACGUCGUCACAUCCAUCAUCGUCGCCUCGUACGCGAGCAGUGCCAUUAGUCGGCCUGGUGUCAGGGGCUAUGCGGAAGCGUGGCGCGUCGGCGCCAUCACCUUCUGCCUACGCAGUGGAAGAUUCACCUUGACACGAAUCACCACCGGCGCUUCGCGCUGCUCUGGCCGAUCCUCCGCCUCGUCGGAGCGGCGUGCCCCAUCGUUGUGUCGAUUCGACCGGCUGAAGUCAGAUAUCAAUGAGAAGCCCAUGACAAGCAAUCUCCUCGACGCAGUCGAUUACGUCGUCCCGCAGACCGGUCUGUUUGGCGAAACCAACGUAGAGGCGGAUGACGAGGUUGUCGUUGUAGUGAGACAGGCCGAAGAGAGGUAG